AUGGACUCCCACAACCAUUUCGCCCGGACGGACGAUGGUGCGCACGGGUCAUACAUGUCACCCCGGGGGGGUCGAGCGUUAGCCGUCAGUGUUGUCUUUACCAGUUUAGCAACAUGUUGUGUUGCCGCUCGUAUUUACACGCGCACCAAGUUGAUGCAUCGCAUGGAGCCAAACGAUUGGAUGAUAAUGCUAUCCUUGACGUUGUCCUAUGUCUUUAUGGGCCUAUUUGUUGUGGAGGCCAUGAAUGGGAUGGGCAUGCAUGAGGCACACAUCCCACCAUCAGUCCUGUUAAAGCAGAUGAAGGCAUUCUGGCUUACCAUUCCGUUCUACAAUGCUGCAUUGCUGCUUGCCAAAGCGUCAAUAUUAAUGCAGUAUUUUCGCGUGUUCCCAACCCGGCGCAUGCGGCGUAUUUCUUGGAUCAUGAUCGGUGUGCUUGCUACCUACGGGUCGUGGGCGGUUCUCAGUGCUUUCCUCAACUGUAUCCCCGUCGCCAAAUUCUGGAACCCCACUCUUCCGGGAUACUGUCUGAGCAUGGAGGGACUGUGGUUCUCGAAUGCGUCCAUGCACAUCGCAACCGAUAUUGUGAUUCUAUUGAUACCAAUCCCGGCCUUGUCGGGGCUUGAAUUGCCGCAGAGGCAGAAAAUGGCCUUGAUUUCAAUCUUCGCUCUGGGUGGAUUUGUCUGCGUCACUAGUGUUUGCCGGUUGGUUUCCCUGAAGAAGAUUUCCGAUUCUAGCGACCCUACCUAUGACAAUGUUGGUGCUGCAUCCUGGUCUGCAAUCGAAUGCAACACGGGGAUAAUCUGUGCUUGCCUGCCUACCCUCCGGCCUCUCAUUUCGCGACUCCUUCCACACUUCCUCUCGACUCUAAGUGGUGGGGGCCAUGCUUACGGCUACGCACAUGCGCCUUCGUCGCAAAGCCAACCGCCAACGUUCUGGAACGGCACCGGCACGGUGACGACUACGAUUACCACGCACAUGGACGAUCUGGAGUACGCUCAUUGCACGGGAGAUUCGGACAGAUAUCUGACACUUGUUCCGGGACAUGAAUUUGGCGGCAAAGGGAAGAUUAUGGUGCGAGAGACCAACAAUAACUCGGCCGGUCUCCGCGAUUCGGUGACGGGGAAGGAUGUGCGAUCAGACAUUGCAUCGCCAUCAUCAUCGUGA